AUGAGCGCUGCAAAGACCGGGAAGAAAAAAAGUAAAGCGGACGUACAGAAGGGGUUGGCUAUCGGAGGGUUAGGGGCGUUGGGGGCACCUAUGAUUUUGGAUGCAAUGGACGGCGGUGGUGGCGGGUUUAUGGGAAUAGGUGGAGGUAGUGAUGAUGAGGAGGGAGAUGGUAAUGGCGUCCCCAGUGCCGCUAGUAAUAAUAACAGUGUAGUUGUGAAUAACAAUAUCAAUACUACAGCUGCCGACCAGAUGAGCGGCGGUGUGCCACACAUGGGACAGGCCAAUAGCAGCAACAUUAACGCACUAGAUAUUAACCGUAAGAGGUACGCCGUAGGGUACUAG